AUGUCGUCCAUCUCGGCGCAGGGCGUGGUGGAGCGCGCUAGCGCGGAGCUCACCAAGCGCAUCAACGGGCUGGGUCUGCGCGCCGCGGGCAAACACCACCGGGCGCCGUCGCCCGCGCCGGCCGCCAACGGCGGUGGGGAGGUGGUGGUCGCCGCCGCCAAGGCCAGCGUCAUGGAGCGUGUCACCAACGCGCUAUGUGGCGGAGGCGGAGGCGGCGCCGGCGCUCCGGAGAAGCCGUCGCGGCUGCGCCCGUCGGGAAAGGCGCCGGCCCCCGCGUCGGCGUCCGCGGCGUCGCCCGCCGUCGUCAACGGCAGCGGCGGCGGCGGCGGCGUCGCGGCGUCGCCAGGGACGCCGCAGCUGUCCCGCCGCGGCGCGCCGCCCCCGCCACCCCCGGGUGCCACCCCCGCGGCCUCCAGGCCGGGCCGCCGACAGCCGCAACUGCAACACCGCCGACAGCCCAACUCCUGGGAACAGCUGCUCAUGGACGAGAUGUUCCUCGCCAGGUUCUUCCUGCAGUAUUUCUCCGCCGCCGAACGCAGGCCGCUGGCACAGGUGUGUGAGCGUGCGCUUGUCCUUACUAACGCCGGUGGCUCUAGCUAG